GAAAAGCUCUCCUUCUUCUCCAUGAACAAAGUGUUAGCCCCAAUUGGGUUCCAAUUGCUGUAAGUUGUUUGAAAAGUCAAAAUCAAGAAAGUCAAAGUCAAAAAUGAGUACAACAGCAAAGUUCAUAAAAUGUGUUACAGUUGGAGAUGGAGCAGUGGGGAAGACUUGUCUUCUGAUUUCAUACACCAGCAAUACUUUCCCAACUGAUUAUGUGCCAACAGUUUUUGACAAUUUUAGUGCAAAUGUUGAUGUUGAUGGCCAAAUUGUCAAUUUGGGUCUCUGGGACACUGCUGGUCAAGAAGACUAUAACAGACUGAGGCCUCUUAGCUACAGGGGAGCAGAUGUUUUCAUCCUUGCUUUUUCAUUAAUAAGCAGGGCCAGCUUUGAGAACAUUUCUAAAAAGUGGGUCCCAGAGCUCCGACAUUAUGCCCCGUCAGUGCCCAUUGUCCUUGUCGGGACAAAACUAGAUUUGCGAGAAGACAAGAAAUUUUUAAUGGACUAUCCAGGGGCUUGCACUGUAUCGGCAUCACAGGGUGAAGACCUGAAGAAGCAAAUUGGGGCCGUGGGUUAUGUUGAAUGUAGCUCUAAGACACAACAGAACGUGAAGGCAGUAUUUGACAUGGCAAUCAAAGCAGUUCUUCAACCUCCAAAACAAAGAAAACACAAGAACCGACGUCGAGUGUGCCUUGUACUCUAA